AUGGUCGGAUGUGUGUGGUACGCUCCUUCUAACUUCUCACUUCUCACCCGCUGCCCCACCCCACAGUUCCCGUUAGAUGUCAACACAGUGCUCACAUACUUCGCCAAGUCGAUCUUCUACGACGGGUCCUGUACCAAUGAGCAGUUCCGCAUGCAGCUGAAUCUGAUGUUGCUGCCCUUUCCCUCGGCGCAAAUAGUGUUCGACAGUGUCACGGUAUCGGAGAAGUUCAACGUGAAAACGUUUCUGACCACCGAAGGCCUGGAGUACGAUGUGGAGCAGAAGGCACCAAAUCUGUACUUGAUUCGCAAGCAAAAGAGAGCGGUACGACCAAACGGGACCACAGAAGCGCAAGCGCUGUCGUUGUACUACUGCAUCGAGGGCAAUAUAUACCCUGCCCCGGCCCUAAAUUCAGUACUCAAUUGCCGACUGUUGACCAUCCAGUACCAUCUUCAUGAGGCGCUAUCGGACAGCCAACAGCUACGCCGAUUCCACCCUAGCGCAGGGUAUACGUGGGCGGAAGAAGUCGGCGACGAUGAUGAUGACGACGACAUGGCACUACCACUAGAGCAUGUGGAUGACGAAGGUGCCAUCACAGAUGCUGCAGCCACCUCGGCAACGGACAUCAGUGAGACUAAAGACGCCGACGACGACGAAGACAAAGGGAGCGAUGCACGACAGCAACGCUCCGCACAACAAGCCUCGCUAGACCACCACGUGGGCAGGCUAUUCCAAGCUAUUAGACAGCACUAUCCAUUAGAAUCCCCCAAGGAGUAGGGCUUCAGUAGUGUCCAGCAAUGCCAGUACUCGGGAGGAUGCAUAUGUGAUACUACACAUGCUUUUGUAUACAAUUUAUAUUGUACAUGUGUAUUGUAAAUGUGUUUAAUAAGCCUCGCUAGACCACAGCGUGGGCAGGCUAAACCAAGCCAUUAGACAGCACUAUUCGUUAGAAUCCCCCAAGGAAUAGGUGUUCAGCAGGGUCCAGCAAUGCCGGUACAUACUCUGAGGAUGCAUAUGUGUGGUACUACACAUACUUUUGUGCACAACAUGUAUUAUACGUGUGUGUUUACCACGCCUCAGUAGACCACCACGUGGGUGGGCUAUUCCAGGCCAUUAGACAGCCCUAUUCAUUAGAAUCCCUCAAGAAGUAGGUGUUCAGUAGGGUCCAGCAACGCCGGUACAUACUCUGAGGAUGCAUAUGUGUGAUACUACACAUACUUUUAUGCACAACAUGUAUCAUACGUGUGUGUUUAACACGCCUCAGUAGACCAUCACGUGGGUGGGCUAUUCCAGGCCAUUA